AUGGGUUAUGAUCCGAGGGGUACGGUCAUCAAAUGCGGUCGGAAGGCUAACUAUGUCAAUCCAUUCGAAUUGCCGUCUCAUUUCACCUUUCCGGUGAGUCGAGUGAGUCCUGUAAAGUUGAUCGGUGGCCGUAUCAUGAGACGCCUGACUGAAGGAAACCUGAUCAGUUGUCUUGUCAAUCGGGCCCGGGCAACCGGGGCCCGUUGCUACCGCCGCCCAAUAGACCUGACAUGCUAUAAAGCCAAAAUGACCGGACCAGUCAUAAUUUUGCCUUGUGUGACGCCUGAAGAUUGUAGCAAACGUCGGGUCUCUUCGUGGCCGAGCCCAGUCAAAAGGACAAUUAAAGCUGAACCUUGUGAGAAUAUAUUAUGUCUCGGUAUCGGGUGUUCUAAAGUAUGUUUUAAUGGUUCGUGGCGUUCGGAAACACAGGUUGGUAGAUCCCUUUAA